AUGAAAUUCCCGGGCUCCGUACUCGUCUCGCUGUUCCUCUUCGUGGCCGAAACGGCGAUCGCCUUGUACCUAAGCAGCACCUACCGCUCGGCGGGAGACCGCAUUUGGCAGUCGCUGACGCUCCUCUUCGCUCUCUUGCCUUGCAUCCUGGUCCAGUUCAGCCUCGUUUUCAUCCACCGCGACCUCAGCCGGGACAGGCCGCUCGUAUUGCUGCUUCACAUUCUGCAGCUGGGACCCAUUGUCAGGUGCGUGGAAGUUUUUUAUAUUUACUUUCAUGCAGGUAGAGUGGAAGAGCCUUAUGUCAGUAUUACUAAGAAAAGACAGAUGCCAAAAGAUGGACAUUCAGAAGAAGUUGAGAAAGAAGUAGGCCAGGCAGAGGGGAAGCUGUUUACACACAGAUCUGCAUUUAGCCGAGCAUCAGUGAUUCAAGCUUUCCUAGGAUCGGCACCUCAGCUAACACUUCAGCUUUACAUCUGUGUGCUGCAACAAGAGAUCACAACAGCUAGAAGUAUCUUCAUGAUCCUUUCCCUCCUGUCAAUUGUGUAUGGAGCACUGCGAUGCAAUAUUCUGGCCAUUAAGAUCAAGUAUGACGAUUAUGACAUCAGUGUGAAACCUGCUGCCUACCUUUGCAUUUUCCUCUGGAGAAGCUUUGAGAUUGCAACAAGGGUGAUAGUCCUUGUCCUCUUCAGUUCAGUUCUUCAGAUCUGGAUCCUGCCUGUGGUGUUGGUGAAUUUUUUUGGUUUUUUCUUUUAUCCUUGGAUUCAGUUCUGGCAAAGCAAGUGUACUCUGCCAGAAAACAUAGAAAAGGCCUUGAGAAAAGUAGGCACCACCAUUGUCUUAUGUCUCCUCACUUUCCUGUAUGCUGGCAUCAAUAUGUUUUGCUGGUCAGCGGUGCAGCUGAAGCUUAAUGAUUCUGAUUUAAUUGACAAAUCCCCAAACUGGGGUAAGCUGGCUUUGUACUAUUUGCUGAGAUUCUUUGAGAAUGCUUUUCUCUUAAUAAUGUGGUACACAUAUAAGACAGAUGUCUACACAUAUGUAUGUGCUCCGGUGCUGUUCUUGCAACUACUGAUUGGCUAUUGCAUAGCUGUCCUUUUUAUGCUUGUGUUCUACCAGUUCUGUCAUCCAUGCAAGAAGCUUUUUUCUUCAAAUAUUUACGAAGGAUUGAUAAUAUGCUUCAGGUUUUUUUGUUAUGUCUGCAAACCUCUGACAUUUGGAAACUCUGUAGAAAAGGAGAACUUAAAACCCCCAGAGAAUAUUGAAAAUUAUGCCCUACCUAGUUAUAAGGCAAAUGAAUCCCAAAAUGGAAGCACUCAGCAGAGUGUGUCUUCUAAUGCAUAG